GUGGGAAUCUUGUUCUGUUCUCUUUCUCUACCUCUCUCUUCUCAGCCCACUGACCAGCUGCGGCAGCAUCAGGGACCUCUGUAAGUUUUGCAUGCAAACACACACAUGAACUCAGACCUAAGAUAGGAAAUAUUAUAGUUUUUAAUAUUUAUAAAGGAAGGGUAGUUUAGUAAGAAUCAGCGUUUAACAUCACAUGGAGCUUUUGUGAGCUUUCAGCAGGAAGUCCUCACAUGUGUGUUUAAGCUUUGUUAGCAGAUUGCAGGCAGAUGGAAAGAUGCAGAACAUCUGCAAAGCGUUCAUGCCUCGCAGCGGCUGAGAUCCGCUAGUGAUGUAUAGCAGCCACAUAUCUAUAGCAUCUUUUACUGUAAACUGUUUAUGUGCAAUAUAAACUAUGUCCUGUUCGGGUUGUCCAGUCUGAUUUUGUUUGUUUAGAUUUUCGGCGAGAGGAUCAGUGUUGCCACUGUGCUGUUUUUAGUCUAAAUCAACAGGAUCCUACUGUUGUGACAAAUUAGUUGGAUUUUUCUACAUUUUUCGUGCAGGUCCUACCUAAAGCUUCAAUUUCAUUAUGUGUGUCAACAUGUCAGACCCCCAAACCUGUUAUAAUGUGACGCUUGUAUAGAGUUUGAAUGCAGGCACACAUCUUAAAAAUCCUCUGGGUGAAAUCUUUAGAUCUUCUCAGCUGGGCUGCAGAUCCACUGAGGCUAGGGUUGGAAAACUGAUUUGUGAGCUGCCAAAGCUCAUGUUGGGCUCUUCACUGAGGAGGAAACUCGCUGUGAAGACUUUUUUGUUUGGGUGAACAUGACCCUAUGCAUUUACCGCAGGAUUGGAGUGCUAAGGGCAAAAAGCAGAACAUUUGGAUUUAUUUGUUUCUGAUGUUGUUGUCUCUAUGAAACAAGAUGGAACACAAGAGCCAAUGUUUUCGCCCUUUACAAUACGUUCUUUCGCUUAUGUUGAAUGCUAGUGUCACUAUACUGUCCAUUUCUAAUCAAUUUUGUGAUGUUAUAUGUCCACAGAUCCUGAAGAAUUCUGUGCUGUUGUUUUGUAUUCUCCCAUCAGAGCUGAAGAUGGAUAAUUAGCAGAUGAACUCUGGCACUUACGAGCUGUUUUGGGAGUCGAACAGAGAGAUAGACAGACUGAACUGUGUGCCAUUAUGUUUGAAUUCGGGUUCAUCUGUUUGUUUGUACAUCUGGUUGCGUCUGUACCUCAACCGCCUUGCCGUCGAUGCUGUGACCACCUCCCAUCACCAGAUGAUGCUGCAAGUCUAAGAGAAAGCAUGCCUGCAAUGCCUGAGGUCCGCACAUACAUCAACAUGACCAUUCUAAAAGGUGACAAGGGUGAUCGUGGAGAAAGGGGAACUCCUGGAAAACCUGGGAUGGAGGGUUCCCCGGGACCACAGGGCGCUGAAGGUCCCAAAGGAGCCAAAGGACAAGCUGGAGCUGCGGGUGACGCUUGUAAAACCCAGCAUUCUGCUUUCUCCGUAGGCCGACGGAAGUCCCUUCACAGCGUAGACAACUACCAGGCUCUAAUUUUCGACACCAUCUUCGUAAACAGCCCCGAACACUUCGACAUGUUCGCCGGGAAGUACCGUUGCCACACACCGGGUAUCUACUUUUUCAACGUGAACAUCCACACGUGGAACUUUAAGGAGACGUACUUGCACAUCAUGCAGAACGAGAGCGAGAAGGCCAUCGUUUACGCUCAGCCGAGCGACCGUUCUAUCAUGCAGAGUCAGAGCGUGAUGCUGUCUCUACAGGAAGGCGACGAGGUCUGGGUACGCCUUUACAAACGUGAACGUGAGAAUGCGAUAUAUAGCGACGAUGUAGACAUUUACAUCACCUUUAAUGGAUACCUCAUCAAGCCUGAGACGAAGUGAGACGAUGAAUCAUUGGAAAGGAAAAAAAUGAAUAUGGACAUGUUUGAAAAUGUGUCGAAAGUGCUUUAGCCAUGAUGGAGCAAUUAGAAACAAAUUAACCUGAAAAGAGCUUAGCAGCCCAACAUUUUGUAUUCGAUUUCUUCAGUUCAACAUGAAACAAUCUCACAGUGCAUGGAAAUAAUUCCUCAAAAUAAAGCGUGAAGCCUGCCAUGAAGGAUUCCACAAAAGGCUGGAAAAUAUAACCCGGUGGCCACAGGCUUGUGUGUUUGGACUUGAGCUCUGCACCUCAAGGUCUGUGUGGAGAAGAGCUUGGCUGGUUUAUGUUAGCCGUUAUAGAAUGUUUACAUGGUGUCACUGACUAUUUAGACAGAACUUUUACUAGCCCCUUUGACCUUAGCCAGACAUUAACAGACCACUUAAGGAACAUACACACAACAUCAUUAUAAAGUGUGUAAGUAUGUUCACUUAUUGUGCUUUUUGAGCUGCAAGAACUGAACAAGAACAGUGGCUGAAAUAUUUUUACUUUUUCCGUCAAAUUUGUGGUAUGUGUUGGUUGGUUUCUAUAGAGGCACAUGAAAGUUCAUUAGAAAGUGGUUGCUAGGGUGUUCUAAGUGGUUGCUAGGCCCAUAACUGUAAAAAUAGAUUUGUUGCUUCAACUGAAAAAAAUGUGAAUCAAAUUUUUAGUUAAUUCAUCGUAAAAAAAUUGUUAUUACGUGAAUUUGACGCAAAAUUUUUAUGUUAACUAAUAUUUUAAGUUGAAUUAACUAAAAAUGUAAAGGCAGCGGGUUACUUAAUUUUUUAAGUCAAAACAACAAAUCAUUUUUACAGCGUAUGAUAUUCUGCUUUAGAUAUGAUCUGAACCUGUAGGACUUUCUUCCCUUUAAAUGAUUUACUAUGUUAUUGUGCACCAUGCAAAGAUUUUGCGUCCAAACACUUAAAAAAGUAAAAGCGUGCGUUUUGUCUCCUUCAAGAUUAAAGCAUCACUAAAGAACACAGCACAAAAGAUGCAGUGCACAUUACACGUUAAAGUUUAAUACGUUUUUAUUUUUGUAUGACGUUUAAGCAGUAGUUACAGUGAUGCUUGCCUUUGACAAAAUAUCACGAGAUGGUCUGCACGCAGUGUGUGUGAUGUGUGUUUAUUGGAUGGAGGAGGACAUUUUUGUUGAUGUUAAACAGGAUGUGUGUGGCUUUCCUAUUUUAGCAGCACAAACCCACAUGAGAGAGACUUAGAUGAUAUAAAGAGAGGGGAGGUCAUGUUUUGAAACCAUAACAGACCAACGGUAGUGCUGGUAGUUUAGUCUCUGCCUCAGUUUGGCCUAAAAUCCUGCUGUCAGUAAUUCAACGAUUCUGAGACGAUAAAAAGGUGCUAAAUAAAAUGUAACAUCAGGUGCUAAACGUUCUUUUUAACACAUCAGGUGCUAAAAGUGACAUACUUGACUGCAUUGAUGUACUUGUGUUUUGUUUUGUAGAGAAGCAGCUAAAGGAAAUUUCACAUGGUGCUUUUUGUUAUUGGAUGUCUAUUUUUAAUGCCACAAUAAAAGUUGAU